CAGCUGUCAGGAUCGAUUAUUUUGUAUUUGGAUUAUCUAUGUCUUUCUUGGCUGGUAUUUAAGCUAUAUCAGCACACACUAUACAUACGAAAGAAUUAAUAUUUAUUUUCUGAACCAUGUACAAUGGGAUCGGGUUACAGACUGCCAGAGGAAGCGGAACUAAUGGUUACGUCCAGAGAAAUCUGUCCUUUUUAAGGAAACACAAGGAUCGAGUGGACUACAAGUCAGAAGAAGAACUGAAGAAGUUGGAUGAACAGCUUAUUAAACAACCUAACAAAGAAAUCCUUGACCAUGAACGAAAGCGCAAAGUGGAACUCAAGUGUAUGGAGAUGCAGGUUCUUAUGGAGGAACAAGGAUAUUCAGCAGAUGAGAUUGAGAAGAAGGUGACAAUGUUCAGAACAAUGCUUGUUCAAAAAGAGGGUGUGUCAGAAGCCACAGUGGAAAAAGACUCCUCUGGACGCCCAGUAGCUAAGGAAAGUCAUCAGAUAGCACAAGCAACAGCAGAGAAGAAUGCGCGUAUUAAGGAGGCCUUUGGCAUCGGUGAAAACUAUGUAGAUGGUUCCUCGUUUGAUCCAAACCGAAAGGCUAAAGAGGAGCAGGCAAAGGCUGUAGCAUUGGCACAAAAGAGAUAUGACAUUGUAAGAGAUUCCAGUUCAUCAGAGCGAUCCCCUUCACCUCCUCCAAAAAGGAAGAAGAAGAAGUCCAGCAGAGAUGACAGUAAUUCCCCAGAGAGAAAAGAGAAAAAGAAGAAAAGUAAAAAGCGCAAGCGUGAUCGUUAUAAAUGUUAUCAGUUGCAGAGCAUCUUGUGUUUGAAAUGUUUCAGCUCACAUUCUAACAAGCAUAGUCGCAGUACUAAUAGACGAAGAAGACAGAACAGCUCUCGUCACAAAAGGCGACGGAGGAAGAGGCGAGCUUGUACACCACCACAAUCAAGUCAAAGCUCACAGAAUAGUUCAACAGACGAUGAACGCAACAACAAUGAAACGGAGAGGAACAAGAAACCAAAGACAGAGAUUACGAAUCAGACUGUGGAGGAUUUAAAGAAAAAAUCUCCUAAAGCUUCUGUAUUGUCUAGCCUGCCCAAAAUUGCAUCUUCUGACAGCACAGAUAUCGCCAGACUUGCAGUUAAUAAAACCUCUCCAAAUUCCAAACAACAUGCACCCUCUAGAUCCCCGGAAAGAUUGCACAUAGAUAGAUCCCCAGUCCCAGUGCAGUACAAGAUACAUUCUUCGUCUGUUGAAAAGUCACAGAAGCCCAGCAAGUACAAGACCCCCUCCCCUGUCUCUCGUAAAUCUUCCCGCUCUACAAGAUUUGAGUCCCCGGAUAGGUACCAGACGCCUUUACAAGGGAGAUCACCUACAUAUACACCGGACAGAAAGAGAACAUCAUCUCAAAAUAGGUCAAAGUCAAGAAGUCACUCAAGGUCACGCAGUAGGUCAAAGAGAAGAAGAAGUUACUCUUGGUCACAUAGUCCUUCCAGAAGCUACAGCAGAAGUGUGUCCAGGACUCCAUCUCAGAGGAGGGAAUCCCGAAGUCCCUCCAUCCGACGGAGGAAAGGUUCCCCUAGUCACCUUGACAAACGCAGGAUAACAAGUGCCCGGAAGCGGCCAGUACCGUACUAUCGGCCCACACCUCCCAGUCCCAGCUCUGACAGUGACGAUUCCUACUACCAUUACCAUCGCUCUAGGACUCCGACUCGACACAGACAAAGAAGCAGGAGCAGCAGUAUACUGCACUACCGGCGACGCAGCUGGAGUAUAGACAGCGACAAAGGAAUCUAAAUUACAUGUAGUCAAU